UUCCUGUGUACGAUAAUCGCCAGACGGUAGUAGUUGUCAUGUUAUUCAGGUCCUUAACGGGUGUCUGCACCCUUGCAUUAGUAGGAGCUGCUGCUUACAAAUUUGGUCAUACACAAGCUAGUGCAGCUUUACUCCAUUCCUCUCGAAGGUCUUUACUAGUUUCACAAUCAAGCAUGAAGGUUGAACUGCUUCCAGCAUUGAUUGACAACUACAUGUACCUUCUUAUUGACGAGGACACCAAGGAAGCGGCAAUUGUGGACCCUGUGGAGCCACAGAAGGUUGUGGAAGCAGUCAAAAAGCAUGGCGUGAAACUAACUACUGUUCUUACUACACAUCAUCACUGGGACCAUGCAGGAGGUAACGAGAAGAUGGUGAAGUUGGUUUCUGGGCUGAAAGUUUAUGGGGGAGACAGCAGAGUGGGGGCACUUAACCAAAAAGUCACACACUACAAUACAUUCAAGGUUGGCUCCUUGAAUAUUAAGUGUCUCUUUACACCGUGUCACACAUCUGGACACAUCUGUUAUUUUGUUACUAAAGAGAGCAGUUCUGAACCCCCCGCUGUAUUUACUGGUGAUACUCUGUUUAUUGCUGGGUGUGGGAAGUUCUUUGAAGGCACAGCAGAUGAAAUGUACAAAGCUUUGAUUGAGAUUCUUGGACGCCUGCCACCUGAAACCAGGGUUUACUGUGGACAUGAAUACACUAUCAACAAUCUGGAGUUUGCUCAACAUGUGGAACCAAGAAAUGAUGCCAUCAAGAAAAAACUAGCUUGGGCAAAGGACAAAUAUGACAACGGUGAACCUACCAUCCCUUCCACUAUAGCUGAAGAGUUUACCUACAACCCCUUUAUGAGAGUCAGGGAGAAAUCAGUGCAGGAUCAUGCUGGGCAGACUGAUCCUGUCACUACAAUGGGUUUCAUUCGCAAAGAGAAGGAUAACUUUCGAGUGCCCAAGAACUCUCUCUAAAGUGGAAAAACAGAACAUGCUUUCCUACAAAAGCUUUUCUGGCACUACCCUGCACAGCUUUGUAAAUUGAAUGUAUAAAAAAUAAAAGAGCUCUAUAUUUUAAUGUCUAAAGCACCUUUCCUGUUCAUGGGACAAAGAAAUUUAAAGAAGUUGGUCAUUUUAGUAUAAAAUGUGCAUCUUAACAUUGAGUGCAGUACAUACUUUAUUUUUUAUUACUAUUAAAAGGAAAAACAGCAUGCAGGUAUUGUGCAGUCCAUUCAAGCAAUAGUGAAUACAAAACAAACAAAAAAAAAAUGUAUGCAAAUGUUAAAAAUCUUUGACCAGCGUAUUUUAUUUUCUGUAUUUUGUUUUUGGUCUUUGUCUGUUACUUAUUAAUGUUAUUUAAGCACUGGUUGUCAGAAAAGAAUUACCUUAAGGUAUAGAUAGCAUUUUCUGAUGUAACCUUGGGUGGAGCUUUUUAAUUAUAAUAAAAUUUAAAAAAAAAAUGUAGGCUUUAAAUAUGUAUAAAUUAUUGAUUGACUUUUAAUAUUUAACUAGUUAAAGAUGUGCAUGAUGUAUGUCAUAUGAGCAAUAAACCUGAUUGAUGUGGCU